UCUCUCUCUCUCCUCUCACGCUCCAUCUCUCCCUCCCCACAUCGCGCUUCACGUCGCUGAUUCUCGUCGUAUCUCUUCACAAUGGGUGGCCAUCUCGAUCCUAAGAAUGGAAUCUUCCUGGGCUGGUGGGGUGAUCUGGGAUGCCCUACUCCCCAGCGUAUCACCACCUACUCCAUGUCCCCUAACCGCCAGCGCCCUCUUGCCGGUGCCGGUCACGCUGCCAUCUUCAACGUUUUCCGCAGAUUCAGACACCAGGUCCUCUACGUCGCUCCUCCCUUCAUUGCCGCCUACGCCAUCAUGAACUGGGCUGUUGAGAGGAACGAGUACCUCAACUCCAAGCCUGGCCGCCUCCUUGAGGGUGGUGACGAGUAAAUGUAACGUGCCAGCUGGGAAAACCUUGAGAGAAUAGGGAUGGCAUGGGGCAAUAUGGAAGGGCUGGAUGUGUGAUUGCACUGUACAGUAACUAGAAGCAAUCGAAUGAGUUGCAAUGUUUUUGG